GCUACGGCGUACGUGAACGCGGACUGUGAAACGCAACGUUCAGUUGUCUGUGAAGUUCCCUACGUAAAAGUCAACGGCAACGGUUUCAAAGGCAACGUGAAAGAAUCCGUCGGCAGCAGCCAGUUGUAAAGUCCUUCAUCAAAACGCACACAUACAACAGUAAAUGUAUAUGAAAGGAAAGUGUCAUAAAUCAAGCGAUUAUCCUGUAAACAAAGUGUAAAACGCGCUCACAGUUACAACGGAAAACAAACAAAAACAACAAAAAUAACAUCAACAAGAACCGGAACCAACAACCCAAUAAGGAGUUUUCCGCAGCCGAGACAGCUCAAAAUAAAACCCGAUUUGUACCACGUUAAAAUCCAGAACACAACAACAACUACAACAUAACUCUCAGUGCUUUUUAUUACUUGAGCAUUUAAUUUUGCUGAGUUGGUGUUGGACAUUUGCUGAAAGCCAACAACAUUUUGGCCAAAGCUACUUUGCUUGGCAUUUUCAGGAAUCGCAGCGAAAAACAACGCACAACAUUGGAUUGGCUUUGAACACAUUGUAUAAUGCUUGCGCAAGUGAGAUGACGCCACUGCAAGUGAGAACGAUACGUUAGGCGGCGUUGACUAUGGGACCAGAGGCAUGGGCGUGUGUGCGGACCCUGGGUCUUAUCGAUGGUGUCAGGCAUUAAGCCGGUCGCGUUCGUCGUGCGCCACAAACACAAACCUAUCCACAGGAAAGCAACAGCAACCACAAUCGGACACAAUCAGCGAAAGUAUCAGAGCAGAGUCAACAGCCGUAGCAUUCGCAUUGGGAAGAGCUACGGCGAUUCACGCCGCUUCGACUCAAAGGCUGCCGCCGAAAACGGCUGCGUUCACGGUGAAAGCGACAAGCAGGAGACAUUGCGACGAGGACAACGACGUCGCAGAGGACGUCGACGGUUGCGCUAGUGCCUCCAGAACCUGCCACGUCAGCGGCGGAUCCAUAAAGACUCUGAUAUUUUUACUGAUUUGGUUGCUUGCCUUAUUGGCAAAAAAUGCACAAGCUCACAAUAUACCAGAGGAUGCUGUGCACAUCACAGCCAUACUGGGCGAGGGUGUCGUCUUCAAUUGCCACGUUGAGUUCCCCAACGAUCAUCCGGUGCCAUAUGUCCUGCAGUGGGACAAGAAGGUGAGCGAAACGGGCUCCGAUCUGCCCAUAUACAUUUGGUAUGAGAGCUACCCGGAACACAUUGAGGAGGGCUACAAGGGACGCGUGUCGCGUGUGUCGCAGGACUCGCCGUUCGGCUCCGCAUCGCUCAACUUGACCAGCAUUAGAGAAUCGGAUCAGGGAUGGUACGAAUGCAAGGUCGUAUUCCUGAACCGAGAUCCGAAGCAGCAUAAGAAUGGUACAUGGUUCCACUUAGAUGUACAUGCACCGCCACGCUUUAGUGUUACACCAGAGGAUAUUAUAUAUGUUAAUUUAGGUGAUUCAAUUAUACUCAAUUGCCAGGCAGAUGGCACACCAACUCCAGAAAUUCUUUGGUACAAGGAUGCGAAUCCCGUUGAUCCCUCGCCCACGGUUGGCAUCUUCAACGAUGGCACCGAGCUACGGAUCUCCACGAUACGGCACGAGGAUAUCGGAGAAUACACUUGCAUUGCACGCAAUGGUGAGGGACAGGUCUCCCAUACGGCCCGCGUUAUAAUUGCGGGCGGCGCUGUAAUAAUGGUGCCGCCCACCAAUCAAACGAAACUCGAGGGCGAAAAAGUGAUAUUCUCAUGCGAGGCUAAGGCCAUGCCCGGCAAUGUGACGGUGCGUUGGUUCCGUGAGGGCUCCCCGGUGCGCGAGGUGGCCUCCUUGGAGACACGCGUCACCAUUCGCAAGGAUGGCUCGCUGAUCAUCAAUCCAAUCAGUGCGGACGACUCGGGACAGUAUUUGUGCGAGGUGACCAACGGCAUUGGAGAUCCGCAGAGCGCUUCUGCCUACCUGAGUGUUGAAUAUCCUGCCAAAGUGACCUUCACUCCGACCGUGCAGUAUCUUCCGUUUCGAUUGGCCGGAGUCGUGCAAUGCUACAUCAAGUCGAAUCCACAGUUGCAGUACGUUACCUGGACGAAGGACAAGCGCCUGCUGGAGCCCUACCAAAUGAAGGACAUCGUGGUAAUGGCCAAUGGCUCGCUGCUCUUCACGAGGGUAAACGAGGACCAUCAGGGACGGUACACGUGCACGCCCUACAAUGCCCAGGGCACGCAGGGCGACUCGGGCGUAAUGGAAGUGCUGGUCCGCAAGCCGCCAGCCUUUACUGUCGAGCCGGAAACGCUUUACCAGCGCAAGGUCGGCGACAGCGUCGAGAUGCACUGUGACGCAAUCGAAGCGGAGGGCACGGAGCGGCCCACAAUAAAAUGGCAGCGCCAGGAGGGUGAGCAGCUGUCGGACUCACAGCGCAACCGCGUCAAAAUAUCCGGUGGCAACAUCACAAUCGAUAAUUUGCGUCGCGAAGAUUUUGGAUACUACCAGUGCGUGGUCUCCAACGAGGUUGCCACUCUGAUGGCCGUCACGCAACUGGUCAUCGAGGGUACUCAGCCACAUGCGCCCUACAAUAUAACGGGCAAAGCCACGGAGUCCUCCAUAACGCUUCAGUGGCUGCCGGGAUACAGUGGCGGCUCCGAGUACAAGCAGGACUACACUAUUUGGUAUCGCGAGGCGGGCGUCAACGACUGGCAGACGAUAUCUGUAACGCCCUCAGGCAGCACCCAAGUCACCAUCAACGGAUUAGCCUCAGGCACCAGCUAUGAGUUUCAGGUGGUUGGCCGCAACGUGCUCGGCGAUGGUAUGAUGAGCAAAGUAAUGACUGUGCGGACACUGGAAGACGCUCCGGCAGCGCCACGUAAUGUCAAGGCUGCAACACAACCGCCCGAUCACUUAUUUCAGCCAAUGCCAGACGAAGCUGACCUUUUAGCCUAUUUUGACAUAUACUUUCAUACCGAUUCGCGAGGCAUGAUUGUUUAUUCACCGCCCAAGUUGAGAUUGAAAGGACCUAAGCCCGGGCCACCACGCAAUGUGUCCGUUACGGAAAUUUCGAAUGGUUUCCUCAUCACCUGGCAGUCGCCGUUGGAGCGCGCACACAUUGUUAAGUUCUAUACCAUUAAAUAUCGCACGGAUGCGGAGUGGAAGACGCUGAACCGCGGCCAGAUACGGCCGGAGGAGACGCAGUAUCUGGUGAAGAACCUGGUGGGCGGACGCACCUACUAUUUCCGCGUGCUGGCAAACUCGGAAAAAUCGUACGAGUCCAGCGACGAGGUGAAAUUCCCGGUGCCGGCGCGUGUCAAACAUAAAGCUAUAACAGCCGGCGUCGUUGGGGGCAUCCUGUUUUUUAUUGUUGCGAUCAUUUUAUCGGUUUGUGCCGUAAAAAUUUGCAAUAAACGUAAACGACGAAAACAGGAAAAAGAGUUCAACAUGGUAGCUUGCAGGAUAACCGACGCCCGGAACAUUGCAGCCAAUAAUCAUCAUUUGCACAAUCGCAGUACGGGCUCAAUUUCCUCUGGUCAAGUGCCUUUAAAAAAGUACAAACAAACCCGAAUAUCAAGUCUAACUGCAAUACUCAUCGCCAUAUUGCACUGGAUUUGGCCACCCGAUCGCUGCACCAACUGUCAUUCCAUCUAUAGUUCGCCAAACAUUCAUGAGGAGGGAAGACGGCGCUCCGCCCAGGACGGCGGCAAGCUCGGCUACGACCUGAGCCUGGAGAACAGCAUCGACGUCGUGGACGGGGCUCUAUUCGAGCGUCGCAACAGCAAUGUAUCCCAAAAGUCCUCCAGCGAUGACGGGGGCUUCCUUUCGCGUCGCAACUUCAUCACAGCACGUGCCUCGUGGCGCCGUCCUCUGGUGGCAUCUUCCAGUCAAGUCAGCCUGCAGUCGGCAGCGGAUUCUGCGCGUGGUUUCCUGCAGGGAUUGGGCGGCCUGCUUAAAAUUGGCGGCUCUGUCAAACAGCAGCUAUCCGAAGAGGCCGUGUCCGGCGCGAGAUACCAAAACGUUCUGCGUCCCUACAGCUCCAACAUAUAUAGGAAUCUGCAGCAGAACACGACCAACAGUGGACCACUGCAUAUCAACACGAUCAGCGGCAGUCUCAGCCAAAGCCAUCAGCUGUUGUCGCCACAGCUCUACACACCCUCGCGUGCCUCCCGCAUAUUUUCCAGCUCACCAGCGAGCACACCUGGCCACCAGCAGCAACAGCAAUUGUCGUAUGGCGCCUAUCCAGGUCAACACACACACUUCAGCGAUCUCAGCACUGUUUAUCCCAACUCCGCGGAGCGAUCCUUGCCCACAUCACACUUGAGUGGCGCCGGCAAUCUGAGCCGCUAUCGUUAUCAUUCGCAGGAGCUGCCGUCCCUGCGCACGAUUCAGGAAGAGACGCGUCGCCAACAGCCUUAUCCGCAUCAGUCGCAGCAUCCGCUAGAGGAUCACUUUGUGCCGCUGCAGUUGCCUUCGCCGCCUUCUUGGCGCAACUACUACCAAACGCAGUUGCCAUAUCAGAGCUACAGACCCCGCACUCGCUGGUAUCCCCGGCACUACUCCCGGCUUUUUAGCCGGCAGCAGCACGAGCUGCUGUCGCCGCUGCCCGACUUGAACCUGUCGCUGCGGGGGACGGCCCAUGGGGCUGGCGUGGGCCUGGAGGCGUCGCCAGAGUCGCGUUCCAGCUCGAGCGGCUUUGGCUCCAAGAACACGUCCAACCAUCCGGGCAGCACCAGCGAGUGGCGGCUAUUGCCGCCCUACCGUCCCCCGCCGUCGCCGCCCAAACACUCGGCAUACUUUGGCCUGAAUAUUGCCGCGUCGGGAAGCCAGCAAGCGCAGGCCCAAACCCUGGUGCCGGGUCAACUGCAACAGCAGCCAUAUCACUAUUCCUAUUUGCAGCCCAGUCCGCCUUCGGCUGGUCUGACGCCGCCUUACACCAUGGCGCACUGGCUGGAAAUGAUCUCAAGACUUAAUGCGGCCACGGACAGCAACCUGCCCAGGUCCUGCCAGGUGGAUGUCGGAAGUGUCGAUGGCCACUAUGAAUUCGACCCUGCCACGCCCACGCCGAGUGCCUCAACGCCUACGGGCGUCGGCCUGCUGCGCGACGAUCUCAAUCUUCACAUAGACACGCACCACUAUCCACACCAACAUCAUCAUCAUCAUCAUCAUCAGGCAUCCUAUCAUCAGCAUCCACAUCACACUCUGGGCCCGUUGAGCGGCAGCUUAUUGCACGCCUCGGCCGCGGCUGGCUCGACCUCAUUUGGUGGAUCUGUGCCGCGCAAGAUGCGCAGCCUGCCGCGCUAUGACAAUGUCGAAGCUCGCCUCCAAGCCAUGCGGGAGGAGUUCUAUGCCUAUCGCAAACGCCAGUCCAUGCAGCGGACGAGCGGACCCGAAAUCGAGAGCGUCUGCUAAUGUCUCAGAUGCGACCGCAAAGUAAACAUAUAUCCAAUGCACAACCAUAUGUAGACGCACCUGUCUGGAAUGAAUACCUGCGAGUACAGUCGGAAAAUGCAAUCGAAGUCAACCGCAUAAACCAUAUUUUAAGACGAUAUCCAAAGCAGCGCAAGCCCAGCUCAGAUAGUGCAACUGCCUGCCCAAUCCAUGUUAGACACAGUCAUAUUAUGGACUACAAUUAUUUAAAGCCAACAACAAUUAGUAGUUUUUAUGAUAGACGAAAACGGCAAAACAAAAUCAAGUUGAAUAAAACAAAACAAAACAAAAUAUAGGACACCAAGCAAGAGAAGAGUUUUUGUAAAUAUUAAAUGCAUUCCGUGGUGCACAAUAAAAGAAGGCACGCAGCAAAAUAUUUAAUAAUAUUUGAAAAAAAAAAAAAAACAAAAACAAAAAAAACAACAACUAUAGCAAUUAUGAGAACAUAUUAUUACUUAAAACUCAAUACAUUAUGUAAUUGUAAUUGAUAUUUGAACACGAUAUGCAAAUUGAAUAUUAUUUAUAAAAUGAUGUAUUAGAUAUUUAAAGAAUAGGCCACACAGAUUGAUCUGUUAAACAUCAAUUACCAAUUAACAAACAAUCCACAAACGUAAACGGAAUAUUAUGUUAAAUGAAUAAUUACGUAAAUCGAAGCAAAGUAUGAUAGUGAUUAAGUCUUUAGUUGUUAGACUAAACGAUCGAAAUGUUAAAAAAAAAAGCGAUAAAAGCUCUGAAAAUCUACAUAUAGCAAGAAUUGUUUUAUAAUUAAAUUAUUUAAUGAAAAGAACAAAAAUAAGAUUGAUUAACAACAGCAUAAAAGUUUAACAAUAAUUACAUUAAAUAUAACUGCUGCAUAUAUGUUUACUGUUGAGCUACACAAAUAAUUAACUCGAAAGAUAUAUUUAUUGAAAACCUAAAUACUUUUUCUGGUUCGAGUAUAGGAAAAUACUUAACCCAACACAAAAGCAACAGCAACAGCAACAGCAACAACAACAAAAACAAACACACAUGACAGCUGAGUCAGUCGGUUUAACGGUAUGUUAGCGCAACUUAACAUUUAUUAAAACUUCUAAUACUAAUUGAAACUAAAAGGAAAAUAUGGAGCGCUACAUUUUGGCCGGCUAAGAGGGUGAUUUUUGAGUUUUUCCCGAUGAGCAGGUCCCGUAUCAGUUGUACCCCACACGAUUGGAUGCCAAGUACGUAUUACUAGAGAUCCCUUGCCGAUUAGUUAAUCAGGCAUAUUAAAUACUGUUAAACAUUCAAUCUAUCGAUGGGUAGUGUGAAGCCCCAAUUCAGUUAAACUUAUGAGGUGUUUGAUGAGUUUCAGUUCUUAU